AUGUCGAGACCUACGGAGAGCGAGACUGCGAGCAGACUACCUUGGUCGGAAAUGGCUAGGGAUCAAACUUCCUCCGAACCCCCCGAGAGCCCUCCGCCGGGGUACACGGGUUUGGGAGGUACCAUUCUUGCAGGCGGCGGCGGCACGGGAAUUACGGUCCCGCAGACUCUGGUGCAGGGCUAUGAACGGCCACUAGACUUCCUUCACUUGUUCUCGUUUGUACGUAGGGUGUGGCCAGAAAACGAUGAAUUUCGUUAUAAACACAACAUGUGGUCGAGACGGCUCGAUACUUUGGGCACGGGCUUGUCAUUCAAAGUUUCGCUACAUCCGCUUGAAGCGUGCUUGCGGGACUUUUUCAAUGAGAGUGUGGGAUACGAUGUUGGUGAUAAGUUUGUAGCGAAGGGAUUGAGAUUUGUUGACGAUUAUAAUAAUAAUGUCACGAAGGAGAAGUUGUAUGAUGCUUCUCUGAGGGAGAUACGGGCCCUUACGCAUCCGCCGUUGCGAUCUCAUCCGAACAUAAUCACGCUUUUGAGCGUUGAGUGGGAGCCAGACCUUAACCACCACGAUGUCGCCUGGCCACUGCUUAUGCUGGAGUAUUCUGAAGAGGGCACACUGAGAGACUACCAGAUGGAAAAGCCAGAGAUGGAGUUUUUGGAGAAAAUGCAACUCUGCGAAGACGUUGGAAGGGCAUUAUUGGCUAUUCAUGGAAGUGGGAUAGUGCAUGGAGAUGUAAAGAGUGAGAAUAUACUCGUUUUCUGGUCGGCGGAGAAGGGAAAGAUGGUCGGAAAGGUUGGGGACUUUGGAUCUUCGGUCUUGGAUUUCAGGGAGGACGGGCGCAGGGGUUUACCGGCACAUACGAUUCCCUGGAAUGCCCCCGAAUAUGACGAGGAUAUCCCGAGAGACCAUCUGAAAUUCACGGAUGUCUAUAGUUUCGGGAUGCUAAUUUUUCGCGUCAUGCUUGGAGGCAUCAAUCCGUUCAAGAUCGCCCCAUUCAAGUCCGACGACGUAGAUAUUGAGCUACGAUCGCAAGAACUUAAGAAAGACCCCGAAUUUCUAUCACUAGUGGCGAUGAUGUUAUGCGAGCGCUGCGAUGCCUCGGAAGCCGAUGGCGUUUGCGAGGUUCUGGGAUUCACUUUACAGCAUCUACCAGCACAGCGGGAUCUUGAGAAAGCCGUGAUCGGGCUUUGUCGGCUUACAGGGAAUUCCGAGAGUAUCCCUCCAGUGGCCCUCUUAGAAGAAUUUGAUUAUGAAGAGGUCAGUCUUACCUAUACCCUAUCGGUAUGCCGUAGGCUAACCUCACUAGAUCGUUUUUGAAGCCGACUGCAUGAUAUUGGAUCCUUUUUGUGUGCGGGCUUCCGUCAUUCAUGCUCUGGAAGCUGUUUCGUGCAGUGACUCGGCACACGCGCAUAAGGCCAAUUUCCUGCUAUUCCAGCUACUUCUUAAUCGCUAUGGCGAAGGUGUUCCUGGUGCCUCGGAAAUGACGCUGGUAUGGCUAUUACAUUACAUGAAUAGUGAGGGAUAUGAUGAGACAGGGCACUUUGUCGCUCGAAUCUUUGAUGCUUUGGGUUUUCAGCAUGAUAAAGAGAUUCCAUUGCAACCCUUACUGCGACAGGGGGCAUUAAAAGGAUCGCAUACAGCGUUUGAAGAUCUAAAGAAGUACUACCCCGAUGCGUAUGAUGAGACUCUUGCGCUAUUCCGUGAAUGUGGAGGAGCUAUGCACAUGACGCAGCGGUCUGCGUUGUUCCCGUGGGUAGAUAUAAGCAGUUUGGAAGGAAUAGCGGAUGCAAUCGAGGAGUCGCCUGGUGUUGAAUUGUGCGAUAUUCAUGUCACAGAAAACCAGGAUACAUUGCUGCAUUGUGCUGCUCGAUCAGGCUAUCUGCGAGUGGUUCAACGUCUCAUAAGCAUGGGCAUGGAGGUCAAUGUUGUCAACUACCUAGGGGAGACUCCUUUGCUAGCAGCCAGCAGGGCGGGGCAUUACGAGGUCUCCCGGUAUCUCAUGGAAGCGGGAGCCUGGGCAGGCAAAACGAGAAUUUUCGGGAAAGGCCCGAUCCAUUUCUUACCGUUUUUCGACGAUCAACAUAUCGACUCUGUUUCUAAGUUAAUGGUCAGAAACGGCGCAGUCGUAGAUGAGCGGGCAACGGAAAACCCACGGGCGGCCGAGCACGAAUUUUGGGUCCACUCCCCAUUCUCCCCAUUGCAUUGCGCAGUCAUGAGAAACCACCUAGCUAGCAUUAGGGCUCUUCUCCGACUCGGGGCUGAUCCUUAUGCCAAAGAUAAGGGUAGAUCGGCUAUCCGUUUGGCAUGUAUUCUCUGCCAUGCCGAGGCACUAGAUAUGAUGGUAGCGGCAUCAAGUCGUAGGCUUUCAUCGGAAAACUCUGAGCCCGCCUCGCUAGCAGAAGGUGUCCUUAAGCCUAAAAACCGUUUAGAAGAUAUUAAAGAAUAUGGAGGAAGUUAUGAGAAUGCCAAGAUAGCUACGCUUAAAGUUCUGGAUAAAUACAAAGCUAUCAAUUACAGGGAUAUUCACGAAAAUGGGAAGCAUACAGUACUCCAUCGUGCUGUUCUGGCAGGUUACCCAACUGUAGUGAACUACCUCCUAACCGACACACCCUCGAAGCAACAUCUUGAUGUUGACUAUCUUGGCAGUACUCCACUGACGUUGGCAAUCCAGAUGGGAUACAGGGACGUCUUCGAAGUCCUACUUCGUCAUGGGGCAGACAUCCACUUAAGAUGUAUGGCUCUCGAGAACGGUGGAAGCUAUUUGCACUUCUGUGCGUCUGAAGGUCACCAGGAUGUAUUCUUUCCAGAACAACUACUAAAGCAUGGAGCCCUGAUGGAUCAGAUUGAUGAUAAAAGGCGAACACCAUUUACUUGGGCCGUCUUUAUAGGCAACUACCCGGUUGCCGAUCUUCUCCUUCAACACGGUGCGGAUCGGGACGGCGCCUACGAGGGCUAUACUCUUUUGGACUUUUUCUUAGCGCGUUCUCUGCCACUAAAGGGUAUAAAAUAUAUGAUGACAUGCAAGUCAAACCCGGAAAGGCCUCCUCCGUCAUUCAUCUGCUCUCCGCGCUCCGGCAGGAAUGUUUUCCAUGCAAUUGCUGAUGCUGGACCAGAGGCAGAGAAGACCGCAGAAACGAAGGCUAUCUUCCGAUAUCUACAAGAACUAUGGCCAGGGGAAGAACAUAUAAAUACCUGCGAUGGAACGGGCUUAUCUCCAUUGGAGAAAGCAGUGGCACGCUCUAAGGAAGACCUUGUUAAUAUGAUGAUUGCAGCAGGCGCGGACCCAAACUUAGGCUCAAUGGGGCCCCUAUAUCGUGCAUUGAGGAAACAAAAUUGGGCCAAUGAACAAAUCAGAAAGGUCGGCGGAAGGUGGAUGACUAGACGGACUAAGAAGAUAGUUGAUAAUGUCGUCGUGAUUCUCAAGGAGGCCGGCGCGAGGGUAGAUAUAGAUCCACUUACUGGUUCUCCCAAGCAGUUCGACGCGAGUAGGGUGUUCCGGGGAAUGACAACGGAGGUACGCUCGCCGUGUUCAAUUGAAUGGUCAUUUAAUUCACUAUUUGAUAGGAUUUCGAGGAGCGUCAUAGGAUCUCGUUGGCUGCGUGUAGGGAUAUCGAAGCUGGUGUUACCGAAAGAUACGGUCAGGCGGCAAAUGAACGGAGGCAGUGGGAGUAUCUUGAGACCAAUCCAGCUGGACGAGCCAUUCUACCCGCAGUAAGGGAACUGGUUAGCCGGAACGACGCUACGGUAAAUCAUAGCAAUUGAGUUUUUAGCUGGAACUGUGCUAAAUUUGUUCAGACUCUUGAGGCCAUGGUUAGAAACUGGCUUCGAAACCGGCUGCCAAGUGGACAGGAAAACACGCCCCCGAGAGCACCGGAAAACACUCAAUUGAACUGGAGAGAAAUGAGUGAGAGGCGGAAGGGGCAGCCCGGAAAGGCUCCCGGAAUGGCAGCCGGCAGUACUAAUGGCACACAGCUACCGAAAGCCAGGUCCGAGGUGCCGCGGUCAAGUGGCCCAAAGAGGUCCGUUAAUCCGAGAAGUGGUCUAUCACAAUCAUCCUCGUUGGACAAUAACCCGCUACUACCAUCUUCAAGAGAGCUGGAGACGUCUACCAAUGCAUGGCCUCCUUCAAACGGUUCCUCGUCAGCGCUGGCAUAUAGACCACCGCCAAUAAAGCCAGGGUCGUCUCCUGGAGCACGGCGCGAUAUAUCAAGAUCAUUCCCUUCAAAUGUAACCUCGACGGAGCCACCUUACCGGAAACAGCCUAUAUACUCAAUUAGUUCUCGCGCACGCAGAUCGCCGCCUCCUUCAUUACUUGAUACCCCUGUACCAAGUUUGGUUUCCCCAAGCUCCCCAGAUAUCUUCUCACCUACCCAUGGAGGUAUCUCCCAGUUGUCGCCAUCAAUGGCCACUCCUGCCCCGGGAAAUAAUUGCCCACCACCCUCACAGCCCGUCCCGGUGCCACUGCACUCCCUGAGUGAGGCCUCUUCCUCAUCGUCGGUGUCUGGAAGCAUGACCAUGCCUACUGUCAUCCGGGAGACACGAUCUGCCCUAGCAACAUCUUCAUCACAAGCUUUAUCCCAACCCCUCUCCCUUCACCAAGGCAUCUCCCAGCCCUCACCGUCCUUUCAGCAAACCUCGCACACUCCUCACCGGAGCUCUUCUUCCUUCCGCCAAUACACCCCGUGGACUAUCCCCCACCAAAAGCCUCCACAUAAAAUCCUUAAGUCCCUCCGCCCCGCCAUACUCCCAUUGCUCACCGCUUUGGCAGACUCCCGCCACAGCAAUGCCAUCCCACGACGCAAUUUAAAGAUCUGCCUAGAGAGCCAUCUUUGCAUGCCAAAUCUUAUAGACCUCAAGUGGGACCCUGCCGCCCCAUUGGGUAGUAGUUCAGUAAAAGAGCUGCAAUCAGGAGUCAAUAAGAUGCUGAAGGAGUUUUCUAUUGUUAUAAAUUUGAAGCUUAGGGUCGAGAUUAGUGAGGAACGUAGGACGAGGACCAUGCUCAGGGUGUUGAUGGACGAAGAUAGAGGUAUUACGAGUAGUGAUGGAUGGUUAAGGACCGAGGGGGCGGGAUGGGAGGAUUUGGAGAGAGUUGAGGCAGGAAUAAUGUUUCCUCAGGAGACUUGA